AUGGUGGCCGCGUGCGGGCUGGAUGCCGCCCCUGAACUGCCGCUGCCGGCGCUGGCCGCGGCCGCGCUGGUGGCGGCGCUGCCAGCCCUGCUGACCGCCGCCGCGGACCUGCUGCAGGGCCGGGCGGGCUACAUGGGGAGCGGCGAGGUCGUGGCCCGGAUCGACCUCGCGGGCGGCGGCGGCCUGCAGGUGACGGCCGUGGAGGACGCGGGCGCGGGGGCCCCCGCGGGCGCGGCCCCGGGGUCUCGCCAGCAGUGGCGGGUGCUGCGCUUCCAGCCCUGCCUGGAUUACGUGCAGGCGGUGACCAGGGUGUGCGUCGCCCCGCCGGGCGGCCCCGAGCCGCGGGUGCGGCUCCUGAGCCAGGUCCUGUCGCUGCCCUACAACCGCUCCCUGGUCGCCGUGACCCUCGCCGCGCUGGCGGCCGCCGGCGCCCCGGUGCUCGCCGCGGCCCGCGGCGAGCACGGCGCGGGCCCGCUGCUGCGGGUGCUGUGCCUGGGCCUGGGCGGCGGCUCGGUGCCCUCCUUCCUGGCGGGGGCGCUGCCGGGGUGCCACGUGGACGUGGCGGAGCUGGAGCCCGCCGUGCUCCGCGCGGCCACGGACGCCAUGGGCUUCCGGCAGGGGCCCCGCCUGCGCGUCGGCGUCGAGGGCGGCGGGCCCUUCGCGCUGCGCGCGGCGGAGGGCGCCGGCGCGGGCGGCGCGUACGACGCGGUCGUGAGUCCGAAGGGCAGAAGGCUGCAGGAGAUGUACGGCCAGGGCGGCGACGUCGUCCGGGCCCUGGCGCGCGGGCUGCUGCGGGCGCUCAGCGGCCUGAAUCAUGACCCCAUCCCUGUGAGUGGCAUCACCUCGGAGCCGGGGCUGCUCUCCGCCAACUUCCUGCCGGGCACGGACGUGGUGCCGCGCCUGCGCGCCUACGGCGAGGCCCUGAGGGAGCGGGGCCUCACGCCGGGCCCGGGCUUCUCCGCGGAGGCGGAGGAGGGCAACCUGAUGACCGUCCAGGUGUGCGGCGGCCCCACCGGCGCCACGGAGGCCGAGUGGAGGGGGGCCGUUGCCCGGGGCGCGCGCGAGGUGGGCGCCGCGAUCGGUUGCGACUUCGACAUGGAGGAGGAGGCGACGCGGAGGUUCCGGGUGUGGUGA